AUGGUUUCCUCAUCUACAGGAACAACCUCUUCUGGAACAACCUCUCCUAGAAGAAUGACCUCAUCCAACAACCGCGUGGUAGCUCACCCAAUGACCCUUCAAGCUCAAGCAGGAAAAGGGGAACCGCGAUUUGAUAGAUUUCCUCCAGAGCUUCGAAUUAUGAUUUGGAAAUUUCUGAUAGAGGAACGAUUGGUCGAAGUGCGUUUCGCCAACAACCACAGGAUGUACAAUCCCAACGCACACGAUUUCAUCGCCGACGUCCCAAUUAUCCUGCAUAUCUGCCACGAAUCCCGAGCCAUCGGACUCAAGACGUACGAGCUCGCAUUCUUCCACGAAUUCUGCAUCGCCCCCGUCUACUUUAACUUCGAGCUCGACGUACUAUAUCCCCACGCUGGCUGCACCCAAAAGCAGUUGGAUUUCCUGGCCGAUGCCAUGGAUCCUGAGGUUACGUACCGCAUCCGCAAUCUCGCAAUGUAUAGCGAGCAUCUCGAGAGGAGCCAAUCCUUGAGCACCUGGGACGCCUUUCCGCAUACGUUUCCACGCCUUCAGCGAAUCCGGGUCCUUUUCAAGAGUUUUGUUGAUCCCAAGGACAUUGAUGCGACAGAGUUGCCUGGUUGUAAGGACAGCUGCCUCAGAACACCUAACGUGGCUCGCGUUAACCCUGUAACUGGCCGUGCAAGUCCAGCUUGGUUGCGCUACGCCCGGGAAGUCUUGAAGGAGAACCUGAGAGCUAGUCUCCAUCCUCCUGCGCACAAUUACCAGCGUAUGCCAAAGGGGCACUCGCGACGAACCCACGUGGUUUCCGGACGCUAUAGGGAGAAGCUUAAGAAAGCUGCGGAAGGUCUUGAGUAUGAGAACGAUGAGCCAUAUAAGUGGCGUUCACCGACAAUGGAAACCUGGGGGCUCUGCGAACAUGGGCUCGAGUUUGAAGAGGCGCCGGGUCUGGCAUAUAGGGGCAAAAUCUUCAGGCAAUUUGACGACGAUGGUUGUCUUAUCAAGAAGAUCUACAAGGCAGGAACUGUGACGGGUAACGUGGUGGACCAGAGAUAG